CUUAGUAUCAAGAGGUUAUUAUUUAUGUACAACUGUGUAAUUAAAGCAAAGGUAAAUGUCAUUUGGUUUCAUAAAUUGUCUGUUUAUUUACAGUAGAUAUGUUAAUGAAAGUAGCUCCAACAUUAAUUCAUUAUUUGCGUGAUAAAAGCUCUGUCUACAGGCCAAAAGUUGUGAAGUGGUAGCAGGCAGUUUAAGUGUCAGUGUGUUUGACCGUCAAAAGGGGAAAAAAAAGCAUAAUUCUGUGAGGAUGGCAUGCGCGUGCACGCCUGCAGAGAGAGAGAGAGAGAGAGAGAGAGAGAGAUGCGAGUUCAUCUCAACAUCAGCGGGCAGGAGCAGACGAGUAUGGAGCUAUCACUGAUGGCAGCGCAGCAUUUGCAAGCAGUCAGCGGGGCCUUCAUGGAUUCUCCAUACAAUGGCAACUCGUCUCUUCAGACGUCCACCUCCAACCUCAACACCAGCUUCUCCAGACCAGCGGAGCAGGAAGAGGAGGGCAAGUUCUCCAGCGACGCCAUCUGGCUGUGGGUGGCUGUCAUUGCAACCAUUGGCAACAUUGUGGUGGUAGCAGUGGUGUGCGCCUGUGCCUUUUAGACCCCGUAGUCUGCCAGAACACAGCCUGAACUCUGAUCCCUCACCCGUCUGCACUUAGCACAGUAUGUAGUAUGCAAGCAACAACCUUCUGUCUCCUUCCUCCAAAAAUGCCCCCCCUUGAGUGCAUUUAAAGGCAGCCGAUCGAUUUCUAUUUUAUUAGCACUCAUUUCUAUAGAUCUGUUUUGUGACUGAACCAAAUAACCGUUCAGUUUAUUCGUCAGAAGAGGUUGGUUACAGUUAGCUUGGUUAUGUAAGCCAGCAUUACACAACAUCUGUCAACUGGAGAUCCACCAAAUCCAUGGGACGCAUGUCUCCAGAUAGGACUCAACUAAGUGUGCAUGUUUGUGGGUGUCAGUUCUCACUCAUCCAGACAGAUGGUACCAUGAGUUAACUUUGCUUCUGGUCAUUCUGCCCACUUCUCUCCGCUUCUGCCUCUUCUGGUGGAGUCAACAUUGUUUUGGUCUAUUUUGGGGCAAUACAGGACCAGUAUAUGAUGCAUGACGACAUAUAUUAUCUGCAAGAGUGAGAAUGUGUUGGUGCAUUCAAGUCGAUUUAGAAAUAUUGCAUCUGAUUGAGUUGAGCGCACGGGAGCAACUUUCUGAGUUGAGAAAAUGCAAAGAUGUCGGAUGCAAUGAAUGCAGGGUCUAUAUUUCAGAGCAAAAUUGUUAAAUUUAAUGAAAUAAUUAGGAUUAUGAACCAAAAGCAAUAUCUGCAUGCAUGGAAUUAUAUGACAAAAUAUACAGUAUAAUGAUUCAAUUUACAGCAUCUUUAUAAAGUGAAUAAAAACAAAGCACAAACACAUUCAGUGCAUUAUUAUCCAUCAUUUUGUAAAUUAUCAGUUUUGUAGCACCCUCUGUUCUUUUUCUUAGUUUUUUAUCUAAGCUACUCAUUUUCUUUUAUUUAUAUAUAAAAAAAAACUUGACUCACUAACACUAGCAUUCACUAUUCUUUUUCUAUUCUAUCUUCUAGUUUUCUUAUUUAAUAUAUAUAUAGUUUUCAGGUAAAUCUACCUACGAAUGACUUACUGAUAGUCUCUGCACAUUAAACCUGUAUAGGAUAAGUGUUAAAAAAGAAAAAAACACAUCACUUUUCAGUUUUUGUCCUGUUUUAGUAAAUCAUAAUUACUGGUGCAGAGUCCACAAACCCAGUGCUCUCCCAUUUAAUUGGGUGUUUUUAGCACAGUCUCUUGUGUUGUUAAAAGAAACAUUAGCCCUGUCAGCUUCAGUCUGAGUUCAUAUUUUAGUGAUCACGUGCACGAUAAUAUUAGUGCUUGAAUGAUCCUCAAUCUCUUCUCCUGUGGGUUACAGAUAUGCCACCUCAUUAAUUCAACCUUUUUUUAUUUUCAAAGCCCAGAAGUCUUUUUUGUGGACUGUUGAUGGUCCACACAGUUAGUAACGGUCUGCUGGAUCUCUGAACUGAGUGUGAUUAAUCAGACCGUGGAGGAGAGCUUCAGGUUCAGAGGUUAAAACACAUUUAGCAUGCAGUCGCUCUGUAUUGUUAAAUCAUGGGUGAACUCGUUCUGUUGGGUUUUGGUUCAGGGAUGAUGUAGUGUAGUAUAAACCCUCUGUUGCAUGCUGUUGCCUGCCUCGGGGUCUUUACUUGGCAAACACAUUAAUGAAUAUAGAAUGGGAAUAAUAGUUAAUAAUGAUGUGAUGAGAUUAAGUAUACCAAUAAAAACAAUAAAACUUUUUCUUGGCCUAUACAUGAAGGAUGCACAUAUAUUUAUACCCAAAUUAUUUCAUAAUUUGUUUAAAUAAUUUGGGUUAAGGAAUUAAAGGCUCUCUUUAAAUCUUAAAUUCAUCAGGCUCAGAUUUGUUGCUCUGUGCUGAAGCCGACUGAAGGCUUGAAUAAUGCCCCUGUAAUUUCUUCAGGAGUUUGGCAGCAGGGCUGUGGUGUUUUUCUGGCCAUGGUUUGAUCUCAGAAAUGUGGCACAGCCCUGCAUCAUGUUUAACUCUGUUCGUGUGCUUGGCUCCGGAGUCAGUGGAGACAUAGGUGCCCAUCACACCUCACCACAAUGUGCAUUAGAGAACAUAAAGCUGGCCCCCCGUGUGCUCCGGCGUGGAGUGAUUCUUCUCGUUUUGGAGGUAAGUUUUGUUUAUAGUAAAUGUGAAGACUCUUUGAACACCUUGUGUUGACUCGUCUGACCUCAGGAGGCCUGACAGCUCUAAGCACAAUAUCCAGGUUCUCUUUCAGGGGCAGUAAGUGUGUUUCCCAGCAUGACGUUCACAUGUGGAGGAUGUUAUAUUCAUGUAAAGACCACAAGGAGGAUCUCAAUGGAUUAUAUAAUCCGACUGAAAGAAACAUGUUGCAGCCUAAAGGACGCUUAUAUUAAAGCAUAUUUUCUAAACAAUGAAAUGCUUCGAGACACUUUGUUUGCUGCAAGAGCACAGUGGAAACCUGGUUAGAAGACACAGAAGUGGAGGAGCUUCAAAUGAACAAUAUCUACUAUUGUUUGACAAGUGAAUGCAUGUUGGAGAAAUAGAUUCAUAAAUGUGCUCUACAUGUCUUCAAAU